AAAGAAAAAGCGCAGGCUGGCCGACCGUCUCCUGACAAAAACAGUGCGCCAGAUUAUUCCUGAGUCAGAAUCCUACAUGGAACUACUUGAAGUGGAGAAGAAGUUGGAUUUGGUUCUCAGUCGCAAACGUCUCACCCUGCAGGAAUCUCUCAAACAACCAGCCAAGGCACUUGUCCUAAGCAGCACCUUCCGACCUGGCACUGUGGGCUCUAUUGGUGUCGACGGUCAACCUCUCACAGAAAGCAUGCCGCCUGGAUGGGAGUUGAAAGUGGAGGGCCAGCUGCUGGAAAAGACGGGUCAAAGCGGUAACGCGGCUCUGGAUCUCAGAUAUCGACGCAAAUUCUCCACUUUCUUCAAGUCUCUCGUAAUUGAACUCGACCGGGAUCUCUACGGUCCGGACAAUCAUUUAGUAGAAUGGCACAGGACUCCCUCAACGGCCGAAACCGACGGCUUCCAGGUUAAGCGAAAGGGCAUGAACAAUGUGCGCUGCACCAUUCUGCUGAUGCUCGACUAUCAGCCACCACAGUAUAAACUAGACGCCCGCCUGGCUCGCCUGCUCGGCUUACACACAGGCACACGAUCACAGAUCUUCUACGCUCUAUGGAACUACAUUAAGGUGCACAGGUGA